GCUUACUUCCGACAGACGAUCGGCCGCGCCCCGACCAUCAGGAUCAUCCGCGCUCCAGCCAUGGACAUCUCCAUCCAAUUGAUCCUGUCAAUAUUAUGCCUCGGAGCAGUCCAGGCCAAUGCUCAAGACAAGGGGCCUCAAACAUUCAAGGCUUCACAGCCAGAAUAUGCUCAGAGAUACAAAGAAGUGAUCAUGUACCUAACUCCUUCUCAGAUUAAGAAUUAUGAGGCAGGACAAGGUCUUCCACAAAUGAAUUAUGAACAGCAGGCUCAUCUACAUGCCCAGUAUCAGCAAGAACAAAUCGCACAACCUGCGCCUGCGUUUAUAUAUACACAACCGAAACCAACGUCAGGAAUACCAAUUAAUGAAGAAGAUGGACAAAUUAUUCAAAGCACCCUUGAUAUUUUAGAAGCCAAUAAAAUGCAGUUUCAUCUAGUGCAGCAAAAUAAUCCUAAUAUUGAAAUAACGAAAGCUGAAGAAGAUCAUUAUUCAGACAUCCGACCUAUCGUCGAGCCAAAUGCUGAAAAUGAAGAACAGAUUAAAAUCCAGCUUCUGCAGAAUCAACAACAAGAGCAACAACAACAACAACAUCAGCAACAACAUCAGCGACAACAACAGCAACUGCUACAAAAACAACAAGAACACCAGCAACAGCAGCAACAACAAGAACAAAAACACUUAUUAGAACAGGCUAAGAAACAACAGGAGCAGAUUGCAAAAAGCUACGCUUAUAUUAAUUUCAUCUCCAACCAGAAGCCAGAUAAUCUACAAAAAAUUCAGAUAUUCCACCCUGAACCUCACUCUGUAAAUUUUAAUGAAGAAAUAAGACAACAGAAAGAAAGGAACAUAGAAAUUCAGCAAGAUCCUUUACUGCGUCAGAAAUUCAAGCUUAUUCCUUAUGAAUACAUCGCGGAGCAAAAUAUUCAACAGAAAGUACGAGAUGACCUUAUUAAGCAGGGUCAAAAGCAACUCCAGCAGCAACUAUUUGUACCUGCUGAAGAACCUUGGCGUCCUAUCAUAAACCCCCAAAAGGAAUAUCAACAACAAUAUGCUCCUCAGUUCACUAUUCCUACUAAGAACAUCGAUCUUGAGAAGAUAAUUCAAGAAAUUCAAUUAGAGAGAGAAGCAGCAAAAAUUCACGCUGAAAAUAUUGCCAAAUCACCUCCUGUUGUUAUUCAUAAAGACAUUAGCAUAAUCAAACGGCGCCCUGUUCAUGUAAUCAAGCACGUAAAUAUUCCAUACCCAGCGCCAUUUUUCGUACCCAUCCCGAAACCCGUAGAAGUUAAGGUACCUCAACCUUACGCGGUACCAGUAGAAAUCGUCAGACAUAUUCCUGUACCAGUAGUGAAGACUGAAGCAGUGGAAGUGGCAAAACCCGUGCCAUAUGAAGUGGAGAAACAUGUACCAGAAAUAGUUGAGAAAAAAGUCUUCGUUCCUGUUGAUAAACCAUACACCGUAGAACGUAUUGUUCCUGUUGAAGUUAGGAAAGAGAUUCCCUUUGCAAUUCCUGUCCACAAACCGGAGAAGCUCACACUUAUACGGCAUGUCUGGAAACACUAAUUUAUAGGUUAGCUAGUUUAUAAGUUGACUAUUUUCUUGAGGCUGAUUGAAUAAAAGACUUAAAAUAU